GUUGUUAACACAAGUUGUAAAUAUGAAAUCAACAGAAAAAAUGGCACAAAGUGUUUGUAUUGUGUUGAUGACGUGUUGUGUGGCAAAGCAAAACAACAUUGUGGAAUAUCACACAACGAGUAUUGUUACUUGGCAGUGAGUGGAUAUCACACAACAAACAACAACACCGUUGUACAGUGUGAAAAUGAAGUUUGUGUCAUUUCAAAUGGAGUUGUCACAGAUUUAAAAUGCCAAGAAGACAAAUUGUUGAUAAAUGGCGCGUGUAAAACUAAUACGAUGUGUUCUGAAAUAUCAAGUAAUGAUUGUAUCAAAUGUGAUUCAAAACAACACAUCUCACAAGGAAAAUGUUCACAAAACAGUGCUAAUUGUGACAAUCAAAAUGGAGAUAUUUGCAUUGUGUGUAACAACUCCAUCAACGUUGACGGUGUGUGCACAGACAGCCAGUCAAUUCAUUGCACUUCAUUUGACAAAGUGUGUGUCACAUGUGAAAGUGGUUAUUACAAAGACGUUGAUGGCUGUAAAGAAAAGACUGGCGUGUUGUCAAAUUGCGGUGUUGUCUCGUCGCUCAACACCAAAUGUGUCGAGUGUGAGUCCGAUUACAACUUCAAUGGAAUUUCGUGUGUGCCACAAACACUUCCAAAUGAGACGACGAAAGAGAAAACUAAAAACGAAGACACACAGACAAACAGCCAUUGUGAAGCGAGCACCACAAAGGGGUGUCUGAGGUGCCUCAGUGGGUAUUACCUCGCAGACCGGAUGUGUGUCAAGUGUGAGUACCCCUGUGUCUACUGUUCGAAUCAGACAUUCUGCACAAAGUGUGACGAUUACUCGUAUGCAAACAGCAACGGCGUUUGCACCGAAAUUAACGACCUUGUCAGUGUGUGUGACGUGUUGAUGUCAACAUAUCGCGGGUGUGUAACUUGUAAAGAUGGGUACAUGCGGUCGUUUGAUGGGUCAACAUGCAUUAGUUGCGAUGUGUCAUGCAAGUCGUGCACCAGUGAAGGAAAUUGUGUUGAAUGUAAUGAGGCAUUCUAUCGCACCUCAUCGAAUGUCACCAAAUUGUGUUCACCACAAAGCGAGUUGACUUCGUGUGCAAACAGGACAACAGCUGGUUGUAUGCUAUGUGAAAAUGGACAUUAUCUCUCCAACAAUUUGUGUGUGAAAUGUCAAGACACGUGUACACAAUGCAAUGACAUCAAUGAGUGUACCGACUGUGUGAAAGACAAUGUUCUUGUGUCUGGUGUCUGUUCACAUUACUCAUCCAUUGAAAACUGUGUUGAGUCUGCCAACAAUAAGUGUUCAAAAUGUGAUGACAACUACAAGUUGAGUGACGACAUGUUGAGUUGCAUUCACACCACAAAUUAUGGUGUUGUUGUUGGCAUUCCAAUCGUUUCUGUGUUCAUCAUAGUAUUUAUUAUAAUAGGUUUUCUAAUAAUUACAAUAGUCGUUUUACAAAAGCGCAAGGAAACAAAGAAAAUGGAAAACAUUUGUGUCUUUAAGAUGAGUCGUUCAAACAUCGCAAUGAGUGUGUUAAAUGACAAUGUCAUGACAAACAAAAAGUCGUUGACAUUCAAUGACACCAGUGAAGUCAUUCCCGUUGAAAAAGAGUCUCGUGAGCUCCUCUGUGUUGGCAACAAAGGCAAAGGCAUUUUGAAAGUCCAAAUGACUACACGUGGCGGCUGUGACAAAUACUCAAUUCGCACAGAACCACAAUUGGUCAGUUUAAAGAAAGGCGAAGCGUGUGAGUUUGAGAUGUUUGUAACACCACACUGCUCAUUGAAAUUACAUGAAGAGAUAAUGAUUGUCACAAUGAACAUCGAAAAUGGUGAGACUGUGUCUGUCCCAAUUGCCAUUGAAAUCACAACAGAAAACUCGACCAAAUUAGAUUACGACGAGUUAAAAGAAGACAAGAAACUUGGGGAAGGUUCGUUUGGAAUAGUCUACAAAGGGAGUUACAGAAAAAAUGUUGUUGCUAUAAAGAAAAUGAAACAGUCAAAUGACACUGACAAACUUAUCACUGAAUUUGAGAAUGAAGUGUCGAUGUUGGACAAAUUUAGAAGUGAGUAUAUUGUCCACUUCUAUGGAGCUGUUAUUAUACCAAACAAGAUAUGUAUGGUCACACAAUUUGCACAAUAUGGAAGUCUACAAGACUUGAUCAAACACAAGAGAAGCGAUGAUAUUCCGCCAAUGAAACUUCGAGUUAAAAUGAUGAUCGAUGGAGCUAGAGGUGUAUUGUAUUUACAUGAAAAUGGGAUAUUACACAGAGACAUCAAACCAGACAACAUUCUUAUAAUUUCACUUGACUUGAAUGAAAAAGUGAAUGCUAAAUUGACCGAUUUUGGAAGUGCAAGAAAUGUGAAUAUGAUGAUGACCAACAUGACAUUCACAAAGGGUAUUGGAACACCAAAUUAUGGCUCCUGA